UGAGGUCUGUAGCUCCAUCUGUCUCCACGUCCACCCUGUGCUCCUGGGACACAAGAAGACCCCACACUGGAAGACAUGCUGUUCUGCCAUUCCCAGCCUGAGUCCUACCACCAGCACUCUGCUAGUUACAUUAGAGAUGCCUUGGCACCUUUCCUAAAGAACGAAGAAGUGAGGCUUACGGCUGGAAGUGGUGCCAAGAGGACCCCCUUCCAGUACGUUCUGUGUGCAGCCAGCUCGCCAGCUGUGAGACAGCAGGACGACAGUCUCACUUAUCUCAACCAAGGUCAGUCCUACGAAAUCCGUAUGCUUAACAGAAAACUAGUGGAGUAUACAGAUAUAAGCAGCAGAUAUGUAAAGAGCAUUGUGCGCGUGGUGUUUCAUGACCGGCGACUGCAGUACAUGGAGCACCAGCAGCUGGAGGGGUGGAGAUGGAGCAGACCUGGAGACCGGAUCCUGGAUAUAGAUGUCCCGUUGUCAGUGGGCCUAGUGGAGCCCCAUUCACACCCUCUGCAUCUCAACACCAUCGAGUUCCUGUGGGAUCCUGUCAAGAACGCUUCUGUUUUCAUCCAGGUCAACUGCAUCAGCACCGAGUUCACCCCCAGGAAGCACGGCGGGGAGAAAGGAGUGCCCUUCCGGAUCCAGGUGGACACAUUCACCACCAAUGAGCUCGGGGAAUACAUGGAGCAUGUCCAUUCUUCCAGCUGCCAGGUCAAAGUCUUCAAGCCUAAAGGAGCUGAUCGCAAACUGAAGACAGACAGGGAGAAGAUUGCUAAAAAGGCCCCGCAGGACCGAGAGAAGUACCAGCCGUCCCAGGACAACACGCUGCUGAGAGAGUGUUCCCCUUGGCCCGAUGCCCUGACUGUCACCAGCCACAGCAGCAGCAGCACUCCAUCACCAGUGUACCACAGCUCAACUUCCUGUUCUUUCCCCGAUGGUAAUUCUUCUCCAAACCAGCAUGGGGAGCUGCUAUUGGCCGGCUGCUCUGAUCACCUUCUGCCAUCGACCCCGCCGCAGGAAGCCCAGCAGUGGCUGCACCGACACAGGUUCUCUCCUUUCUCAGCGCUCUUCUGCAGCUUCUCAGGUGCUGAUCUUUUGAGGAUGAGUAGGGAGGAUCUGAUCCAGAUCUGCGGUCCAGCUGAUGGUAUUCGCCUCUUCAACACAAUGAAAGGAAGGUGUAUACAGCCCCGUCUCACCAUCUAUGUGUGUCAGCAGCAGGCCAGGCAUCAACCUGCCACCAAGCCUGGGGCUGGAGACAUCUACCACGCUCUGUACCUGGAGGAGCUGACACUGUUGGACCUCUCCGAAAAGAUCGCUUCGCUGUACAGCAUCCCUCCACAGCAAAUAACACACAUCUACAGAAAGAAGCCCAUCGGGAUCCACAUCUUAGUCUCUGACGAGAUGGUGCAGAACUUCAGGGAUGAAACAAGCUUCAUCCUCAGCAUUAUAAGAGAUGAAAACACUAAUGGCUUCCACGCCGUGUUGAAGUGACCAACAGGUACUCCGGAGCCUCGAGGUAUUCUCUGACAAUCAGGGGAAUUUUACAGCAUGUAUAUAAUUCCUUCCUUCAAGACUGCGGUGCUUUCAAACACUUUUAACCUUUAGGUUCACUGUUGAUUUUGUGGCCUUUUUCAGGUUUCUUUAAUAGUUUAAUAGUUUUGUUUAUUCCUGUUGUUAAGUUAGUGAUUCAUGCUUGAAAUGUGUAGUACACUUAUUAGAGGUAAGCCCUGCUGUAUUACUCCUUCACAUGGUCAUACAUUUUUGGCAACACCUAAAAAUGCAACGUGAGUGACAUGUAUGAUACAUAAAGCAGAGUAAAUGUUUCACAUCAUCACGCCGACAAAUAGAAAAGACAAAUGAACAAACUGUGUUAUGCUGUUUGAAUGUAAUGCUCAUGAAUUAUGUCCCCCAUAAAGCUGUCAUGUUGUCUGAUUGCUGUUCUGUUGCAUAUGAUAAAGCUCUAAGACUUAUUUUCUUGACAAAGUCUAAUGUGAUAUUUAAUAAAAGUGAGGUUGGUAUGCACAUAGGUCUCUGGAUGUUUAAAUACAGAACCUAUGUUGCAGUUUCAAAGGAUGCUUUGGACUGCCAUGGCUCUAUGAUU